AUGAGUGUGACUGUGAAGAUCUUCAUCUGCUGCUGCUUCAUCGUCAUGUUCAGCUGCUGCUGCAUUCUGUGUCAGCCUCAGAUGGUCAUCGACUGCUGCCUCAGUGUCAAGAACAAAACCAUCACCAAACACAUUAUCACUGAUUACCAUCAGCAGAGCGCUGGUCAGGGCUGCUCCAUUGAGGCCACCAUACUGGUGACCAGACGGAACAAGAAACUGUGUGUCCCUGCUGACGAGCCCUGGGUCCACAUGGUGAUGAGUCACGUGGAUAAAAUGAAGAAACCCUGCCAUGGGAAACGCAGAAACAAACGCUGUGUCAAAGUGAAAAAGAUGUGA